CCCGCCCGCCCCUUCCCCGCCACUCGCCGCCGCCGCCCGGUGAAAAUGAAUGUCGAUCUCGCCGCCGUCCGCUCCGUCCGCACGUUCGCCGGCUCUUCAUCCCCAGACGGGGCUCGUCUCGUCGCCUUCACCUUGUUAGGUCUCCGCCACCGCCGCAGCCGCCACAAGACGGUCCGCUGACGGACGCCGCCGCCGCGGGGAUUUCUUCUUCUGCUGCUGCUGCCUUCACGGGCGUCUGGCUGAGACGAUUUUACUCGGCUUAGAGGCCAUGCCACGCUCGAGAAAACACAAGAGAGGUGGAGUCGCUGUGGAGUCUCCAAAAAAUGAGGAUGCAGUCUCCUCGUUAGAUGCUGUUGCUCAAAACGACAGCACCAAUGGGGUGAUUGGGGAUCAUGAAGAAGAUGGGGAUGGUUUGGCUGAUGCCAAUAAUGAAGAACUGGAGCUGAAACUGAACCAGUGCAUUGAGAACACAUUAGACAAGAGUUUAAAAACCCGGCAAGCUGGCCUCAAAGGACUCCGGGGCGUUCUGCGGGAGCAGCUUCUCUACGACGUUCUGAUUGAUAGACGAGUCACAGUCACCGUCUCUGUUGAGAAAUGUCUCAAGAAAGGAAAUGGCGAGGAGCAGGUGUGUGCAGCCACGCUUGCCUCACUUCUCUGCAUUCAACUGGAGGGCGGCCAGGAGGCAGUCGAAGUCUACCGGGCUACCCGACCACUACUGGUCUCAAUCCUCAUGGACAAAACAGCCACUGCAGUGGCCAGGCAGAGUUGUGCAUCUGCCCUUGGAAUUUGCUGCUUCGUCACAGCUGAUGACAUCGAGGAGGUGUCUGCAACCAUGACGGUGUUGGAGACGCUGUUCAGCCCAUGUGGAUGUGAGGCAGGAGGAGUGAGUGGGGUGUUGGCAGCUGGCCAGGCACAGCGUGCGCUCCAGGCCAGUUCCCUGCUGGCCUGGACUCUGCUCCUCACCAUCUACCCUGCCUCUGGCCUGCACGCCCUGCUGCAACGGCAUCUUUCUAGUCUUCCUGAGCUCCUCUCUUGCGAGGACGUGACUGUGAGAAUUGCUGCCGGGGAGACAAUGGCUCUGCUUUUUGAACUAUCGAGGGAACUGGAUCAGGACUUUGUCUUCGAAGGCACCGAGGGGCUCUUCUCCCAGCUCAAAGCUUUGGCCACGGACGGCAGCAAACACCGGGGAAAGUGUGAUCGCCGCAAGCAGCGCGCCAUCUUCCGCAAGGUCCUGCACUCCGUCCAGGAUGGGGAGGUUCUGGCCGAAACAGUCAAGUUCGGCCUGGAGUGCAUGUACGUGAACAGCUGGGCACGGAAACGCACCUAUGAGGCCUUCAAGGAGGCCCUCGGCCCUGGAGUGUGGCCUCACCUCCAGGGAAAUGUUCUACUCAGAGACAUCUUUGAGCUGGGACCACCGAUAUUGAUCAACGCAGCUUCUGUCCAAGCUACAAAAUUGAGUAAAUUUGAGCGGAACAACUUCAACACGGCAACGUUCAAGGCACGGACUAAAUCAAGAGCCUUCCUUCGCGACAAACGCGUUGACUGCUGGUGGAACGACUAACCCAAAACUAUGGGCUAUAUAUAUACACACACGUGGUAUUUUGCCUGUGAUAUUGGGCAAAAUGGAAAGUUAAAUGUUUUGAGGCUGCAGCAUCUGCAGAUGGAUUUAACAGACAUUAAUUUUAACAGCUGUCUCAUAUUUUCAAUAAAGAAAGUCUCCCACACUUAUUUUUAUGCCUGAUGCAGUUUCCCCAUGGGGCAAUUAUCAUGUUGGCAUAGCUGCUGCAUAAGAUCAGACUGCCCUGCAUGAAUGAAUGCUGAAAGACAUGCUUUUAUAUUGUUACUUACAUGGAAGUUAACAGGGGGAUCUGUUUACCGACUGAUGGUUGACAGUUUUCAAACAUAACACGCAAUGUUGACCAAUGGCUAUUACAUCGUAACAUGUAUAAAUAAUACUGAAAAUAAAUAUAAUCCUGAUGGGUUUUUUUUUACGAGAGAAUGCAAAACAAGCUGAGAAAAACAAACACGAAAGAACUUGCACAUCGAUUACACGUUGCACAAGCUAAACAUUGCUAUUUAUCUGUAUUUUAAGUUACAUGUGUCAGUUGCCUAACUUAUUAAAAUAAAAAACCCGUCAUUUUUUACAUUUGCUGGAAUAGUUUGCUGGGGCUGUGUAACCAUAGUAUUUACUGAAGCAAAUGUGUACCAUUAUAACAGCAGAAUAAAUAUUGAAACCUCAAA